GUCGUCCUAGGGGUGCUGGUGAGCGGAGUUGGAGUGUCGCCCCGGGCAGAGGACACGGCUCCCCGCUGCCGCGCGGCCCGCUCCCCAGGACUCGCUCUCAGGCAGCAGAGGCCCGCGGGCGCGCGAUGGGCCGGUCCCGGCUGGGGCUGCCGCCGCACGGCCGAGCGAGGCCGGCGGAGGCCGAGGCGCGCUGACCGUCCCCGUGGCCGGCGGAGGCCGAGGCCGAGGCGCUGACCGUCCCCGUGGCCGGCCGAGGCCGAGGCGCUGACCGUCCCUGAGGCUGGUGGAGGCCGAGGUGCCGACCGUCCCUGAGGCUGGUGGAGGCCGAGGCGUAGGGGUCCCCGCGAGGCCCAAAGUUUCUGACCGCGGGGGCGGCCGGCGGGGGGACCUCCCGAUCCGGACUCCCGACCCCCUUUCUGGGGUGCGCGCCCCGCGUGCGUCCCGGGACUCGCUCGCAUUGAAGGCUGGAGGUCCUCGAGCGCCUGCUGCCCAGGACCCCGCCGAUGGAGGCCGAGGUGCUGCAGGCGUCCCUGCUGGGGCCGGGGGAAGAGGACGAGGCCGACCUCACCGACUGGAACCUGCCCUUGGCCUUCAUGAAGAAGAGGCAUUGCGAGAAGAUCGAGGGCUCCAAGUCCCUGGCCCAGAGCUGGCGGAUGAAGGACCGGAUGAAGACAGUCAGCGUGGCCUUAGUCUUGUGCCUGAAUGUCGGUGUGGACCCCCCAGAUGUUGUGAAGACCACGCCCUGUGCACGUCUGGAGUGCUGGAUUGAUCCUCUGUCCAUGGGUCCUCAGAAAGCUCUGGAGACGAUCGGCGCCAACUUGCAGAAGCAGUACGAGAAUUGGCAGCCUCGGGCCCGCUACAAGCAGAGCCUCGACCCGACUGUGGACGAGGUGAAGAAGCUGUGCACGUCUCUGCGCCGGAAUGCCAAGGAGGAGCGGGUCCUCUUCCACUACAACGGCCACGGGGUGCCCCGGCCCACGGUCAACGGCGAGGUCUGGGUCUUCAACAAGAAUUACACGCAGUACAUCCCGCUGUCUGUGUACGACCUGCAAACGUGGAUGGGCAGCCCCUCCAUCUUCGUCUAUGACUGCUCCAAUGCCGGCCUCAUCGUCAAGUCCUUCAAGCAGUUUGCUCUGCAGCGGGAGCAGGAGCUGGAGGUGGCUGCCAUCAACCCCAACCACCCACUGGCGCAGAUGCCUUUGCCCCCAUCCAUGAAGAACUGCAUCCAGCUGGCCGCCUGCGAGGCCCACGAGCUCCUGCCCAUGCUGCCUGACCUGCCGGCCGACCUCUUCACGUCCUGCCUCACCACCCCCAUCAAGAUCGCGCUGCGCUGGUUUUGCAUGCAAAAAUGCGUCAGUCUCGUGCCCGGAGUCACACUGGACCUCAUAGAAAAAAUUCCCGGGCGGCUCAAUGACAGGAGGACACCACUGGGUGAGCUCAACUGGAUUUUCACAGCCAUCACAGACACCAUUGCCUGGAACGUGCUUCCCCGGGAUCUCUUCCAGAAGCUCUUCCGGCAGGACCUGCUCGUGGCAAGUCUGUUUCGAAAUUUUCUGCUGGCCGAGAGGAUCAUGAGGUCGUACAACUGCACGCCGGUCAGCAGCCCCCGGCUGCCCCCGACCUACAUGCAUGCCAUGUGGCAAGCCUGGGACCUGGCCGUGGACAUCUGUCUGUCGCAGCUGCCAACCAUCAUUGACGAAGGCACCGCGUUCAGGCACAGCCCGUUCUUCGCGGAGCAGCUGACCGCCUUCCAGGUGUGGCUCACCAUGGGGGUGGAGAACAGGAACCCGCCCGAGCAGCUCCCCAUCGUCUUGCAGGUGCUGUUGAGCCAGGUGCACCGCCUGCGAGCCUUGGACCUGCUGGGAAGAUUCCUGGACUUGGGCCCAUGGGCAGUGAGCCUGGCCCUGUCAGUUGGCAUCUUCCCCUACGUGCUGAAGCUGCUCCAGAGCUCAGCCCGGGAGCUGCGCCCCCUCCUUGUCUUCAUCUGGGCCAAGAUCCUCGCCGUGGACAGCUCAUGCCAGGCGGACCUCGUGAAAGACAACGGCCACAAGUACUUCCUGUCGGUCUUGGCAGACCCUUACAUGCCGGCUGAACAUCGGACCAUGACCGCUUUCAUCCUCGCCGUGAUCGUCAACAGCUACAACACCGGGCAGGAAGCGUGCCUACAGGGGAACCUGAUUGCCCUCUGCCUGGAGCAGCUCAGCGACCCCCACCCCCUGCUGCGCCAGUGGCUGGCCAUCUGCCUGGGCAGGAUCUGGCACAACUUCGACUCAGCCCGCUGGUGUGGGGUGCGGGACAGCGCACACGAGAAACUUUACAGCCUCCUCUCCGACCCCAUCCCUGAGGUGCGCUGUGCAGCCGUCUUCGCUCUGGGCACAUUUGUGGGCAACUCUGCUGAGAGGACAGACCACUCCACCACCAUCGACCACAACGUGGCCAUGAUGCUGGCCCAGCUGAUCAAUGACGGCAGCCCCAUGGUGCGGAAGGAGCUGGUGGUAGCCCUGAGUCACCUCGUCGUGCAGUACGAGAGCAACUUCUGUACCGUGGCCCUGCAGUUCAUGGAAGAGGAGAAGAACUACCCCCUGCCUUCUCCUGCUCCCACAGACGGGGGCAGUUUGACCCCAGUGCGGGAAAGUCCGUGCACCCCCAGGCUUCGUUCCGUGAGCUCCUACGGAAACAUCCGCGCGGUCACGACUGUGAGGAACCUCAACAAGUCGCUGCAGAAUCUGAGCUUGACCGAAGAAGCAGGCGGCUCGGUGGCCUUCUCCCCCGGCAACCUGAGCACCAGCAGCAGCGCCAGCAGCACCCUGGGCAGCCCCGAGAACGAGGAGUACAUCCUGUCCUUCGAGACCAUCGACAAGAUGCGCCGCGUCAGCUCCUACUCCUCCCUCAACUCCCUCAUCGGGGUGUCCUUCAACAGCGUCUAUACCCAGAUGUGGAGAGUCCUGCUGCAUCUGGCCGCUGACCCCUACCCCGACGUCUCCGACCUGGCCAUGAGGGUGCUCAACAGCAUCGCCUACAAGGCCACGGUGAACGCCCGGCCCCAGCGCAUCCUGGAUGCAGCUUCACUCACGCAGUCGGCCCCCGCUAGCCCCACCAACAAGGGCGUGCACAUCCACCAAGUGGGCGGCUCCCCACCAGCAUCCAGUGCCAGCAGCUCCAGCCUGACCAACGACGUGGCCAAGCAGCCAGGCAGUCGCGAGCUGCCCUCCGGCCGGCCAGGUACCACGGCUUCCGUGGCCGCGCAGUACACCCCCCACUCCCACCAGUUUCCCCGGACGCGGAAGAUGUUCGACAAGGGCCCCGAUCAGACCGCGGACGACGGGGAUGAGGCUGCCGGACACAAGAACUUCAUCUCCACCGCCAUGCAGACGGGCUUCUGCGACUGGAGCGCCCGCUACUUCGCCCAGCCUGUCAUGAAGAUCCCAGAAGAACACGACCUGGAGAGCCAGACACGCAAGGAGAGAGAGUGGCGGUUCCUGCGCAACGCCCGCGUCAGGAAGCAGGCACAGCAGGUGGUCCAGAAAGGCAUCACCAAAUUGGACGACCAGAUCUUUCUCAAUAGGAACCCCGGCGUCCCCUCCGUGGUCAGAUUCCACCCCUUCACGCCGUGUAUAGCCGUGGCUGACAAGGACAGCAUCUGCUUCUGGGACUGGGAGAAGGGGGAGAAGCUGGAUUACUUCCAUAACGGAAACCCUCGGUACACUAGAGUCACGGCCAUGGAGUACCUCAACGGCCAGGACUGCUCGCUCCUGCUCACGGCCACGGACGACGGGGCCGUCAGGGUCUGGAAGAACUUUGCUGACCUGGAGAAGAACCCCGAGAUGGUGACCGCCUGGCAGGGGCUGUCAGACAUGCUACCAACCACACGGGGGGCAGGGAUGGUGGUGGACUGGGAGCAGGAGACCGGCCUCCUCAUGAGCUCGGGGGACGUGCGAGUUGUCCGCAUCUGGGACACUGACCGUGAGAUGAAGGUGCAGGACAUCCCCACGGGUGCCGACAGCUGCGUGACGAGCCUGUCCUGUGAUCCCCAUCGCUCUCUCAUCGUGGCCGGCCUCGGUGACGGUUCCAUCCGCGUCUAUGACCGCAGGAUGGCACUCAGUGAAUGCCGUGUCAUGACGUACCGGGAGCACACGGCCUGGGUGGUGAAGGCUCACCUCCAGAAGCGCCCCGAGGGCCACAUUGUGAGCGUGAGCGUCAACGGAGACGUGCGCUUCUUCGACCCCCGGAUGCCUGAGUCCGUGAACGUGCUGCAGAUCGUGAGGGGCCUCACGGCACUGGACGUCCACCCCGAGGCUGGCCUGAUUGCCUGCGGCUCCAUGAACCAGUUCACUGCCGUGUACAACAGCAACGGGGAGCUCAUCAACAACAUCAAGUACUACGAAGGCUUCAUGGGCCAGCGCGUCGGCGCCAUCAGCUGCCUCGCCUUCCACCCGCACUGGCCUCACCUGGCCGUCGGGAGCAACGACUACUACAUCUCCGUGUACUCGGUGGAGAAGCGCGUCAGAUAGCGGCGUCAGCGCCGGCACCCAUGUACAUAGCGCCCCGCCACGCCCCGCGGCUCCCGCACCGGGGAGCCCCCUGUGUCCAUGUGCCGUGGUGGCACCGGGACCUGCAACCCCAGCCCAGCAACGACCUCCUCCGGAGUGGACGGGGCCGGGCGGUCCUGGGCCCAGAGCACGUGUGCCAGUGGCAGAGUGGACUCGGGGAGACCGGCGGGGGUGGAAGCCCCUGGAGUCAAGUAGGGGCGCCUCCCCAGGAGCGGGCUCCCUGGUCCUCCAUCCUCGGCAACUUGGGGAGCACUGUCCACAGAUGUGCUGCCAGUCCCUGCAGUGCUCGGGCACGCGUGGGGCCCUGCAGCGCCUGCCUGUGCCGCUGAAGGCUCACCCUGCAGAGACGGGGGCUGGCACCUGCUCUGCAAGGCGGACGCGGGGCCAGGACCAGACCCGGAGCCAGCCCCGGCCGACAGGGAUGUUUUUCCAUUUUCCUCUGGAAUCAGGAUUGUUCAGAGAGCGAGCGGGAGGCAGCUGGUCAGUUCUGCCAGGAUGUGUUGAGAGGCAUGGUGGAGUUCAGGUCCCCUCCUCAUGGGGACGCUGGUGCUGCUGGGCGGUGGGGUCCACGGGGACCCUCCUGUCAGUGGGAGACACGCUCCCAACCACUGGGGCUCCAGGGGAGCCCAGCCUGAGUCCUGUCUGAGGGUGACAUACCAGAACCUUCUGGAAGCUGAGCUCUGCCGGCAGACACGACCGUAGGCCCCACGGCCGGCCCUGCCCCAGCUGUGUUCUCACGGGUCCCACGCGAAAACUCAAUCAUGGAUGAACCAAGGCUCGCGGGAGCUCACCACAGGUCCGUUAUCUCUAUUUAUUUUACCACACGCAGACGUGGAGUUGUGACGUGAGACCACGCGGCUAGCAGUGGACUGUUAAUAAAGACGCGUGCGCAGCA